UGAUAGCGGUGAAGAAAUUAGUUACGUUCAGAAUUCUGUAAUGGAGACCGAAGAGAUUCCGCCAUCCGAGGCUUCUGUUGUUGUGGCGGAGGAAAUCGUCCAACCGCUUGUAAAACAGGAUUCGAUAUCAAAGAAGACGGAGGAAUUUUCUGAAAGAAGAUAUGAAGCAGCUAGAUGGCUAAGAAAAACUGUAGGAGUUGUUGGUGGUAAAGAUUUGCCAGCAGAACCUUCAGAGGAAGGGUUUCGGAUUGGGUUACGUCGUGGCACAAUCCUUUGCAAUGUCCUCAACAAGGUUACACAUGGCGCAAUACCAAAAGUUGUUGAUACACCGUUAGAUAGUGCCACUGUUCCAGAUGGAGCAACUCUGUCUUCAUUCCAGUACUAUGAAAACAUAAAGAACUUUAUCAUAAAUGUGGAGGAAAUGGGGCUUCCAGCGUUUGAAGUUUCUGAUUUGGAACAGGGUGGAAAGAUUUCGAGGGUUGUCAACUGUGUGUUAGCUUUAAAAGCUUAUAGUGAUCGAAAACAGAUAGUUGGAAGUAGAUCCAUGAAAGUUGGAGGAAACACUUACCAAAUGAGUUCUGCAAAACAACUUUUACGUAAAGGUUCAGAACCAUUCAUGAGUACAAUCUCAAGAAACUGGUCGAGUGAAAAGUUUCUGGACAGUUUGAACAGUGAACAAUCUUCAUAUGGUGAUCUUGAUUUUGAUCUCAAUGAAAUGGGUAACUCUCAUUCAUUGCACACUUUUGUCUCUGACCUACUUUCGGAUAAGAAGCCCGAGGAGAUUCCUCUUAUUGUGGAGAACAUGCUUGGGAAAGUCAUGGAAGAAUAUGAAAUUCGGUUGGCUAGUCAAAAGGAAUGGACAAAACAGUCUAUUCCCAGAGAAAUUGGUCAAUCGAACUCCAAUUCCAGCCAGCCUAUGUUGCACUCUUUUUCUGAAGAAACCACGGUGAAACCAUCUAUUCCUCAAGAAAGAAGGGUCUCUGAUUCCAUUCCCAGACGGCUUAUCUUGAACUCUUCUGAAGAAACAGGAGUCUCUGAUUCCAUCCCCAGCCUGCCUAUCUUGAACUCCUCUGAAGAAAUUUCGGUGAGAUCGCCUAUUUCUGGAGAAACAAAUGCCUCUGAUUCACAACCGAACCAUCUUAUGACCUAUUCUUCUCAAGAAAAUGCGUACUCUUUUGACAUGAUAAUUAAGAAGGAAAACAAAGCAGUUGACAUAAGCUUAAACUUGGAUUACUUGGCCAAGAAAAAUAACUGCCUUCAAAUAUCAAGAGACUUAGUUCUGAAGCAACAAUUGAUGGUAGAACAGCAACAGAGAGAUGUAAAGAAAAUAAAAUUUGCUCUUCAAACAACAAAAGUUGAUAUGCAGUCUUUGCAAACGAAAUACCAAGAGGAGAUGAACAAUCUUGGUAAACAUAUGAAACGUUUAGCUCAUGCUGCUUCAGCAUACCAAAAGGUUCUCGAGGAAAAUCGCAAGUUAUAUAACCAAAUCCAAGACCUUAAAGGAAAUAUUAGAGUUUAUUGUCGAGUUCGGCCAUUCUUGCCUGGCCAAGCAAAUGGCGUGACAACUGUGGAUAGCAUAGAUGAAGGAAGCAUCACUAUUGGUGGUCCUUCAAAAAUUGCUAAAGCAGGGCGUAAAUCAUUUACCUUUAACAGAGUGUUUGGUCCAGGUGCCACCCAAGCGGAGGUAUUCUCAGAUACUCAGCCUCUUAUAAGGUCUGUUCUUGAUGGUUACAAUGUUUGCAUUUUUGCAUAUGGACAGACUGGAUCAGGUAAAACACAUACAAUGACUGGACCGAAGGAGCUUACUGAGGAGGGCCUUGGAGUAAACUAUCGGGCAUUGAGUGAUUUGUUUAAUAUCUCUGAACAGAGAAAAAAUACAAUCGCGUACGAAGUUUCUGUUCAGAUGAUUGAAAUCUAUAAUGAGCAAGUCCGAGAUCUCCUAGUAACAGAUGGUUCCAACAAAAAGAUAGAGAUUCGUAACACUGGUCAAAAAGGUAACAAUAUUCCCGAUGCAACUCGUAUGCAUGUCUCUUCCACGGAUGAUGUUCUCAAUUUUAUGACCCUUGGCCACAAGAAUCGAACAGUGAGUGCCACAGCCAUGAAUGACCGCAGUAGUCGUUCUCAUAGUUGCCUAACAGUUCAUGUUCAAGGAAAAGAUCAGACGUCUGGAACACUGAGUUAUGGUUGCAUGCAUCUUGUUGAUCUGGCGGGAAGUGAAAGAGUUGAUAAAUCUGAGGUGGUAGGAGCUGCGUUAAAGGAGGCACAACACAUCAACAAAUCUCUUGCUGCAUUAGGUGAUGUAAUAUCGUCUCUUGCCCAGAAAAAUUCUCAUGUUCCCUACAGAAACAGUAAGCUAACACAAUUGCUCCAAGAUUCACUAGGAGGGCAAGCAAAGACUCUCAUGUUUGUUCACAUCAGUCCAGAGCCAGAUGCUACUAGCGAAACUCUAAGCACACUCAAAUUUGCAGAAAGAGUUUCAACCAUUGAGCUUGGUGCUGCUCGUUCUAACAAAGAGGGUUCAGAUGUCAAAGAGUUAAAGGAACAGGUCCUUAUUGCUAGUCUGAAAGCAGCAUUGGCAAGGGGCGAUGGAGAAGCAGGAUACCUUCAGCAGCCUGGAUCUGGUAGCUCAGAGAGAUCUAAGUUGAAGCCAAAUGCUUCUCCCUCACUCUCUCGUUCCUCAAGUAGUAUGUCAGCUGGCCAGAGACAACUGAUGGAUGACGCUGGUCACAUAGAGGUUAGAAACCAAUUGGGUUUAAAGGAGCAUGAGAAGGAUGGGGGUGGUGGUUUUGGUGAUUGGGUUGAUAAGGCGAUGGUGAACAAGCAAGGAGGUUGCUUAGAUAAUAACUGGGAAGACGACAAUGGAAAACAUGGUGAAGAUGGUAUGUCAAAUAGUAGUAGGGUGGGUAGUAGUAGGUCUGAGACAGCCAUGAAUGACGACUCAGAAGACUUUGAUGCUGCAACAAGUGAUUCUUCUGAGACGGAUUCUUUUGCUCAACUCAUAGCUCCUAAAGCUUCUAGUUCCACACUAAAUGGAACAGGAACCAAAGCUAAGAAACCGAAUCCAAAGCAGCUAGCUAGUAGUAAGAGCCAAGACAGGAGUCAAAUUCCAGCACCACCAACACGAAAGCCAUCAAGCGGACAAGCUUCCCCGUUGCACAAGUCAGCAGCGAAGCCGCAUGCAGUUUCUUCGAAGAAGCCUGGGGGUGGGAAGUGAGAAAAGGAGCUA